AUGAAUUCAAUCAAUUAUCAAUUGCCAGAAGAUAAACAACAAUACAAUAUGAAUAUCAAUGAACAUGAAGACGAAGAAAAGAUUUUCACUGAUAUGCAUAAAACGUUUCAUCAGACUAAGAUAAAUCCUGGAUGGUUUCCAAAAGAUCUUUAUGAAUUUUUCAAAGUUUAUAAUAUAGAUAAUUUUCCAGUGAUCAAUUUAAAGUAUAAAAAAAUUUCAAAUGAAGACAACAGUUCAAUCUCAUUGGUUGGUAUACAUGAUCUUUUCAAGUCGGAAAUGGAUUUAAAAAAUGUAAAUGUUGUCAUUGAAACAAUGGAGAAACAUUUAAAUGAUGGUUAUGAACGAAUUAUUGAUGAAGUGAAUAGUUUGAAUAUAGUUUCUAUGAUAGAUAAACAUUAA